AAGUAUAAAAACACCACGGGAAGCCCACAGUGCUGCCUCUGCUCAUCCGCCUCUCCCAUAUAACAACCCUCUCUCUCUCAAACGCACACAAUUAGUCGCUGUGCGUAUCGUAUCGAUCUCCGGCGCAUCUCGGUCGCUACGCCACCGUCACUAUAGAUACACAUACAAUGCCUGCACAGAAGCGUUCUGUGAACAGUCCUGCUGGCUCUGACGAUGAUAAUACAAACCAAAACAACAACAAUUCUUCCGUACAGCGUAACCAGAACAGCGAUGAGCAGCCUCAAGAAGAGCAAUCAGAUUCAAACGGAAGCCGUUCUUCGAGUCCCGCUGGCGACGAUGAAGAAUAUAUUAUUGUUCAUUUGCCUGAUAUACGCAAGGAAGUACAAUGUCCAAUUUGUCUAGGGAUUAUAAGGAAGACAAGAACGGUUAUGGAAUGUUUGCAUCGCUUUUGCAGGGAAUGCAUCGACAAAUCAAUGAGACUGGGAAACAAUGAGUGCCCUGCAUGCCGUACGCAUUGUGCAAGUCGUCGUUCUCUGAGAGAUGACCCAAAGUAUGAUGCACUCAUUUCUGCUCUUUAUCCGGACAUUGACAAGUAUGAAGAGGAGGAACUAGCUUUUCAUGAAGAGGAGAGGACUCGCUAUAAGCAGAUCCAAGAUUCAAUUGCCCAGACUCAGCGCCGACAAUCUGAGGCACUAGGCAAGAAACGCUCAAGUGCUAGAGCAACAGCUGCUGCAUUCGUGAGGAGAUCACAGGUGUAUCGCAAUUCCAGAGGAAGGAGGAUCCAAAGGGAGCAGGAGGCAUCUGAUGAGGAGAAUUAUGCUAAUGGCCGUGAUAGAGGGAGUGCAGAUAGAGGAGAUGAAAAUGAUGCUGAAGUUAACAGAGAUUCCUUGGGCGCAUCCGCUGGACUUGUUGUAAACUCUGAAAUGCUUGCUUGGGGUAGAGGGGGCAUGCGGAGCAACACUCGCCACAGCAAUCAGAGUGCUGGGAAUAUAAAGAUUGCAAGGAGCAACCGCUUGUCUAAGCUGCUUGAAAGUCUCCAAGAUACAGUGGAAGAAGAUGCGUUGAAAAUACAUCUCAUUCUCAUGCCCUUGGACGAACAAAGACUACCAAGUUUGCAGCAACCACACAUGCGUUGUGAACCCACUGCAACGGUUAGAAAACUAUGCCAGUAUGUUGCUUCGUACACUGCUGCUGAAGUUCAUGAAAUUGAAAUUUUUCUGGUGCAACAAAGCAACAAAGAUGUAUUGCGUAUCCUGGAGGGGCAUGAAACUUUGGCAGAACUUCGAGCUAUGUAUAGCAUUACUCAGCAUGAUAUGCGUUUUGCAUACAGGCAGAAGUUACCAGCUUCAAUGAAUUCCGUUCGAACUUGAUUAUGUACGGCAUCGAGGAUGAACGUUUAUAAUGAUCAGGCAAGAAUGGUGAAUGGAAAUAUACUCUUGGAGAGGAUAUUAGCUACUGCAGGUUUAGGACCAGAAAAGAGGGUUGUUAUUCUUGGUUCUUAAAUUUUAGUUGAGGUUACAAAAUUUACCAUCACUUAUAUGCGAAGCAUCUAGGAAAACAUAUUAGCGAGUUGCUUCUGCUGCUCGUGGAAGUCCCGGCCUCCAUCCGUCUUGAAAGCAUCUUGGUGCAUAAAGACCAAUCGAAACUCAUCUUAGAUUAAUGAAACAAAAGACAGGCCAACAAAAUUAUAAACGAUUACAUAAGUCCAUUUCCUUCCAGUCUCCAGCUAUGCAUGUACACUAAUGAAUGCUUCUGUUGAAUUGCUGAAAACAGCACAAAAGUUAAUAUAAAUAUAAAGAGAUGAUGAUGGUCCAAAUAGCUCAUGUACAAUAUCAAGAGGUGAGUGGGCCUUGAGAAAAUUCAAUAGUAUUGCCCAAGCGAGCUCAAAGGCGCUUGGCUAUUAUUAUACAAUAUUGUGCUCAA